AUGAAUGAAAUUACCACCCAGGGUAUCUAUCCUGAUGAAUUAGUUUUAAGACUAUGUGAAGAACUUGCUUAUAAUAGGGGAAGGGUAUCAUUUUCAAAUCUCUGGGAUGUGGUGGAAAAUAUUAUUCACAUUGAUAACCAGCAAAUUAAACAAUUCAUAUUCCAAUGUCUGAACUCUAACGCCGAUGUGAUUUUGUAUGAGCAAGAUACUCCAUGUAAUAAAUCAUUUACGGACAUCUUGUCAAACCAAAAUUCAUUCAGCCUUGGUCUUACUGAAGAUAAAUUAUGGACCAUAUUGACAGGAUAUAUCAAAAAGGAAUCCUCUAUUGGAAAUUUUGCAUUUGAUUUGUUAUUAGAAAUUGCUGCAAGUAAAUAUCAUGGUAUAAAUACAAUUGACUUAGCAAGCAUUACCAAACAAGAUUCAAGAAGUGUUACAGGAAGACUUAAGAAAUUAAAUCAUCUAAUUGUUGGAACACAAAUCAUUUACAAGGGCCAUGUGGUGAAGUUGUUGAAACUUAGAAAGUUUUCAAAUGCUCUUGAGAAUGAUAAAAAAUAUGUUAAUAUUAAAGACCAUUUAGCAAAUAUUGUUAAAGUAGUUAAAGAAUCGAAAAAUGGAGUUCGCCAGAUUCUUGAUCUAAAAAGAGAACUUAAUUUCGAUAAAGACAAGAGAUUAUCUAAAGCUUUCACAGCUGCCAUUAGUUGGCUAGAUGAAAGAGCAUAUCUGAAGAAAGUUUUAGUCGUUUCUCCAAAUAAUCCAGCUUUAAAGAUUCGCUGUGUAAAAUAUUUGAGAGAUUAUGACAUUGGAAUAAAAGAUACGGGAAGAUUUAUCUUUGAUGACAGCUCAGACGACGAUUUUGAUGGGGAAAAAAGUGGUCCCGAAGACGAUGAAGCGAUUGAUGGUUUAGAUAACUCCAAUGCAACAAAUAUGCUACAACAACAGGGUUUAGUGAUGGUAGACAAUGUUAAUUCAAGUAAAGACUUACCCCUAGUGAAUCGAUUUUAUCCAAUUCAGAAUCAAACCUACGAUUUAGUUGAUAAAUCUAUGCUAAAAGGUACGUCAACAAUUGAAACCAUAGCAAAAAUAACAGGGAAAGAUUAUAAAAGAGCAUUUACCAAAUCAAGCGAAUAUUACAUAGAAAACUCAACCAAGAAAAAUGUGAUUAUUUCAGGUUUUAAUAUCAAGCGAGUAUAUGAUUUUGAAGGGAAGAAGAAAUUCUACAGGAUGUUUACCGAAGAGAAUUUCAAAAUAUUGACAAAUUCUGAGAAUUCAACCAUUCCCUCUCAAUCGCGCAAAGAAACAGACCAAAAAAGUUCUUUAGAGGCCUUAAACAGGAAGAACUACACUUCGUUGAGUAAUAUCUUACACUUUAAUCAACAGAUGGACGGAUCUCUAGAAUUCUCUUGGAAUGGUGAAGUAACACACCCUUACGGCAGAAAGCGGAAAUUGGUUGCAGAGAGGCGAGAAGCAAAAGAUAGGACAGAGGAAGAGAAUCCCAAAAAGAAAAAGCUUACAUCAGAAGAACGUUUAUCCAGCAAUGCAACCGAUCAACAACAUUCUAAAGAUUCAGCUGGUGAACAAGCUGCAUCUUCACAGAUAAUUAAUAUCGGUGGCUUCUCAGCAGGAUCACUUAGGUCACUGAAGAGGCAAAAGGCAAUCGUGGAUGUGUUAAACAUGGCUGGGGGCGUGACUUAUUUGCGAGAGAAGUUCUUUGAAGAAGUAGCCAAAUUUAUGGAUUCAAAUACACAGUUGGACAAAAAAACUGUUCGUGGUGAUAUAGAUAGAAUGGUACAAAGUGGGAAAUUAUGUGUCCAGACGUAUCAAUUGAAUGAUAGACAAGUAGUGUUUUUGCCAGGAACCUCCGAAGAAACUAUAUUUGAUUAUGUUGUUAAAGAGAAAGAUAGCAAAAAGACAACGUUUGGAGAUAUUAUACAGAACACUGACCUUUAUUUCUUCGAUCAAACUGAGAAGACCAGAUUCCACAGGGGAGCAAAGUCAGCUGAAAGAAUAAGAAAAUACCAAAAGAAACCUCUGGUAACUCUAUCAAACCCUAGGAUAAAACAAAAAUCAGGAAGUAUUUCGACCACGAAUAAAGAAGGGAAGAAGAAAGAAAGAUCAACGAAGAUAAAUGCUUCAAAAAAAAAAGAGUCAAGCAAAAAUAAAUCCAAUCCGGAGAAUGCAAGGCCGGAUUUUCACUUGGGAAACAAAACUGGUGUAUUGGCACUGAUAAUGUGUGUUGUUAUAACUAAGAGUAUGACAAACGAAAUUCGAUGGGAUAAAAUUAGCUCCCUUUAUCCAAAUAACUCUUUGGAUAGCCUUAAGAAGCAAUGGACGGUUAGAAGAGUGAGAAUGGGACAUGUUGGGUGGAAAGCACGUAUUGACGAGUGGAAAAUGGUCCUCCUCAGUGCCAUUAAGGAGGGGAGUAUAAGUUUGGAAGAGGCAGAGCAAUUGGAUAUCAUGAGGCUCCUUAAUUUAUGGCGAAAAUUUCAGUCAGGAAAACAACAUCGUGAAAUAUCCUUAUUUAAAAACUAUGCUGACAACAAGAAACACUUCAAUUUCAUUAAAGAUGAUGAAAAAUCUAUUUUUGUGGGGAGAUUAGCAAUGUCAUCUAUGGUUCAGAGAGAAAUAGCAUCUUUGAAAAUGGUCUUUAAGUAUUCAACUUCACACCAAACUACUGAAGAAGUGCAGCACCAUACCUUGGAGGAAAAGAUUAAAACAGUGAUCCGCUCCAUAUUAAUAGAUAAUAGAGAAACAGCAAAGGAUACAAUUGAAGCCCUUCAAGAUGUUAGUAAGGAUGAAAUUGACAAGGUUGUAAUGGAUAUGGCUAAAGAAAAACAAGUAUAUCUUCGUGGAUCGAAGUUGGAAGCAACCAAUGCAAUUAGUGAGCAUUUAAAUCAUAAUGAAGUCAACUCUAGCUUUGAGAGGUCUAGUGCAUAUAUUAAGAAACUAAUGGAAAUGUUCACUGCAAACAAUGGUCUCAUAGUCAAUAAUGAAAUAUCGGAUGCCACAUCAUGGGUUUUAAUUGAUCUAAUUGCUCGAAAGGCCAUUGAUAUAGGAAUAAUUCCGCUACAAAGAGAUAUCCAUAGACUUGCCUACACAACUAGACGUUUUGAGGUAAGUACGCUAACGCCACCACUGAUUCUUUAUUCAAAUUUAGGCUCAACAAAACUGCCUUUGGAGAAAGAUGCCCCAAUUCCAGCUGGAAAACCUUACUCAAGGUUAUGGCUCGAUUCUGUCGGAAAUAUCAGGACGUCAGUAUGGUAUAGGCUUACUUGCAUGAUAAUCUUUGAGAUUCUUUUUUCACCGGGGAUAAAUUUACAAUGUUUGCAGAAAAGAUGUCAUAACAUAGUUUCUUUGAAGGAAUUAUUAGAAAUCUGUUCAUGGUUAAAGGAAAAAGAAAUACUUGGUACUACGCCUUACGAGGGUUUCAAAGUUGUUUCUAGAUGGUAUACAUUUUGA